AUGCCCAAAGCAAUGAGUCCGAAAGAACUCGCCAGAAACGGAAGAAGACAUAAUCCUCUUGAAGCAGAUUUGACAGCCAGUGGUCCACUCAAAACAAAAUCCGGGAAGAGAAAGUCUCGAAAUGAGGAUGAGGAAGAAAAGUUCGUGGAUUCAAAAUCUUCGCGGAGGAUUUUAAAGAUAGGUCAAGAACUUGCCGAUGAAGACGAAGCCGAAAAUCAAGCAGCAAAACCGAAUGCAGCCUUCAAUUUUGAUUCAAGAUUUGAGAAUGAAGAUGAGGAGGAUGAGCCAGAAUUUGGAGAUGAGGAUGGUGAAGAAUGGGGAGAUGAUGAUGAGGUUCCAGAACUAGUCGAAUUGGCGCCAGAAGACCGCGAUACGUUUGGAAAAUUCUUCCCAGAGAAUGGCGAGGAUGAUCUAGACCAAAAGUUAAAGGAAGCUGGUUGGGGAGGGGAAAAUGACGAAAAUCAAGGGGGACAAGGCACAGAUCUGACAGCAUUAAUUCUAGAGAGAAUCGCUCAGUUUGAAGCAAAACAAUCGGGACAACCUGGAGCUGGACCUGCUGCACCCGAUGAUGAUGGAUUCUUCGUUCAUCCUAAGGUUAUGGAAGUUUAUACAAAAAUUGGUUUGAUAUUAUCGCGAUACAAGUCAGGAAAAUUACCGAAACCAUUUAAGAUUCUACCUACAAUCCCAAAUUGGGAAGAUAUUCUCGUGAUCACCAGGCCGGACAAGUGGACGCCAAAUGCUUGUUACGAAGCAACAAGAAUAUUCGUCUCAAGGACACCAAUUAUCGCACAGAGAUUCGUGGAAAUGGUCCUACUCGAAAAGGUCCGGGAAGAUAUUUUCGAAACCAAUCACUUGAAUGUCCAUCUUUUCAAAGCUUUAAAGAAGGCACUUUACAAGCCAGCCGCCUUUUUCAAGGGAUUCCUUUUCCCACUGAUCGGAAGUGGUACCUGCACACUACGUGAAGCCAGAAUUAUAUCAGGCGUGCUUGUGCGAGUUUCGAUCCCAGUCCUACAUUCCGCCGCUGCCAUCAAAGGCCUUUGCGAUAUUGCAGCUCAAGAAUCAUCAGCCGGGACCGAAGGUGGUGGAGCUACAAACAUUUUUAUCAAGGCUUUGCUUGACAAGAAGUACGCACUUCCAUACCAAGUCAUCGAUGCGUUGGUUUUCCAUUUCCUACGAUUUAGAAGUGUCGACCCAGCCGGUGUUCGACCCGAAGAUAUUGGAUCCGGAAUGGAAGGUGUAACCAGUUCUAAAGACGCGAAACUACCAGUCAUUUGGCAUCAAUGUCUUUUGGCAUUUGCACAAAGAUAUAGAAACGAUAUUACAGAAGAUCAGAGAGAGUCGCUAUUAGAUUUGAUUAAUGUAAAGGGACAUUCACAGAUUGGUCCUGAGGUUAGAAGGGAAUUGCUAGCAGGACGUGGUCGUGGUGUAGUUAUUGAAGAAGCCGGGCCAGCUGUUGAUGGUGAUGACACUAUGAUGAUAGACUAA